GUCCCCUUAUUAACCCACCAUUUUCAAGCUUGCAUCUUCAAACAUCAACGAAGGAAAAUUGGAAAUGUUCAGUCCUUGUUCAGGUCACUGCAUUUCUCUACCAAACCAACACUUACAAUUGUUAUCUACAAAGCUUCUCCAUGGCUUCGACAAAAAUCUUCAGUUUCUUCAACCCCAGAAGAAAACUCGACAGUUUUCUUCUUUUCUGAAUUAUAAUUAUAACGGGGGAGGCAGGACGAACUCAACGAGUCGGCGAAAGGUGUUUGGAGAGACAGAGAGUGGAGAUGUUGAAGAGGGUUAUAAUUCGGUAGAAGACAAGCAAUUCGUCAAGUGGUUUCGUGAGGCAUGGCCUUACUUGUGGGCUCAUAGGGGUAGUACUUUUGUUGUAAUUAUUUCUGGUGAAACUGUUUCUAGUCCUUUCUUGGAUUCCAUUUUGAAGGAUAUUGCAUUUUUACAUCACCUGGGGAUUAAGUUUGUGUUAGUCCCGGGAACUCAUGUCCAAAUUAACAACCUUUUGGAAGAGAGAGGGUAG